GUCUCUUUAAGUGAUGUAAGCAACAGACUUUACAGGUGUAAACUUGUUUAUAUACUGAUAUAAAUCAUAAACAUAAUACUCUUCAACUUAUUAACAUAAUACCUGUCAACUGAGAAAUACUGAUAUCAACACAACGGAAGAAUAAUGGUGAUAGUAAAUAUACUGGUAUAUGUGGUGAUUAUGGUGGGCUGUAUUAAAGGUGAUCCAGGUACAUCUGAUCAUCUACAGGAUAUAUUUAUUGGCAGAUGCUGGGAUUACACAGAAAUCAAAUACAAACAACAAAUUGGAAGUAUGGUAGUGAAUUGUUCCGAUCUUUGGAACACAUUCUAUGCGGCCUUCAGUUAUAGGGCACCUUGUGACUUGUCAAUGCAGCGUUAUGCAGAUUUUAUGGCGAAAGCUUCACAGACACUGCCAAGAAAUAAGGCGAUGUUUUGGUCAGGAACUUAUAAUAUUGCCCAUGAAUACGCAGACAAUGGUAAAAGAUAUGUAACCCUAGAAGAUACGUUGGUUGGAUACUUGGCUAACCAAUUAUCUUGGUGUGGUUCAUCUUCCGAUGGUGCUAACAUGACACGAUGUCCAUCUUGGGCCGACUGCCCUCUAGAAGCUAGUGAAUCUUUCUGGGCCAGUGCUUCUAAACAGUUUGCAUCAUCUGCUAUAGGCGACGUAUAUCUGAUGUUGGAUGGUUCUAGAGACAAACCAGCUUAUAGUCCGAAUAGUUUCUUUGGUAAAUACGAACUACCAAAUCUGCAAGAAGUAGAUACCGUUGUUAUCCUUGUCACCCAUAAUGUAACAGAACCUCCAAAAGAAACAUGUACGACUGGUUCACUAUUGGAGCUACAGGAAGAUAUUAGAAGCCGAGGUCUUAUAUAUAACUGUAUUGACGACUUAGAUGCUGUAAGACAUCUUCUGUGUGCAGAUGACCCAGAAGCCAGAGAAUGUAAGAUGGUUCACCCCCCUACAAGUCACGAGAUAAUAAAUACAGAACUACCCAAAUUUAAUUCUCGUCCUGACAGAUUCUAUUAUUAAUUUAAUGAACAGCAUUAUACAAAGAAAU